AUGCUCACACGCGCCCGCACGGCGACCCAUGCCCGCCUCGAGUGGCCCAUCAGCACCCAGAACUGGUCCCAGCCCUCGACUUCAAAGGUCCCGUACUCGCCCUCGCGACCCUUUUCCUCGACCGCGCCCCAUCCGCAACCGAGCGCCCGCCCCACCACCUCUGCACCCGCGCAACUCGGCCCAGAACCACCCUUCGCACGCCUCGAAGCCGCCCUCGACGCCCCUUCCCCUCAGCACCGCCGCGACACGCUUCGAGCCGUCUCCAAGUCGCUCGAAGCGCUCGCCGCCUCGCCCUCGACGCACGCCCUCUCCCGCCCAACCUUUGACGCCCUCUUCUCGCGCGUCACCGACCUCCUCCCGACCGAGCCCACCUUUGCCGCCGCCACCCUCAAGCGCCUGCGCGACGUCGCCCUCGCGCGCGAGCCGCGACCCGAGUGGCAGCUCUCGCUCGCCCAGGCGCACGCCGUCCUCACCGCGCGCGUCGAGCAGGAGGAGAACGAGACGGCCCUGUGGUGGAAGCGCGGGGUGCGGCCGACGGGCGCGCCGGAGCGGGGUAGCGAGGGGGGAAAGAUGCGCAGGCGGUGGCGGUACGUCGACGAGUGCGCCGACGAGUACUGGGCGGCGGUCGAGGCGCGAGGGGUCUUGCUCGCCGACGCAGAGCGGGACGAUGCGGCGGCGCUCGUCGAGCGGUACGCGCGCGCCGUCGCCGAGCGCAUGUCGUCGUCCCUGUCCGCCCCGGCCGACCUCCCCCUCGCAGCCCUCUCGGCGCGCUCCUUCGUCCGCGCCUUUUCCCUCGUUCCGCCUCCGUCACAUGACGUCGAGCCCCAACCCGAUCACGCCGCCUCGAAACCCCUCGUCCCUCUCUUUGCGCAUGACCGACCCGCCUUCCUGUCGCACUUGCGCACCCUCCUCGCCCACGGCCGCCUCCCCUCGGCGAGUGCCCUGCGCCAGAUCGUCACGGCCCACUACGCCGAGCGCGACGCGCACCUCGUCGCGCAGACGUCGGCCCUCGCGCGCCUCGACGACGCCGCCGCCGACGAGGCGGCGUACGCGCACGCGCGCCGUGUCCUCGACGAGGCCUGCACGGGCAGCUCGGCGCGCCGGGGCGCCAAUGCGGGGCUCGACGCCCUCCUCGAGCAGCGCCUCGAGCGUGUCGAGCGCGCCGAGGCGCUCGACCGCGAGCCCGUCCUCUUCUUCUUGCGGUGGCUCGGCGUCGGGCUGUCCGCCGAGGAGGAGCGGCACGGUCGGCGAGUCGCCGUCGACGAGCGACGGGACAUGUUGAGCGCGGCGAUGCGGCUGUGGGAGGCGAGCCAGGUGCAGGGGCGCAGCGAGUGGGACGCGCCGGCGAGGCGGUACGUGCGCAGCCGGCGCGCCCGGCUCCUCGAGGCGCUCGUGCUCGAGGCGGCCCGGCUUGAGGGCCAAGGUGCUGCGUCGUCGUCGACGACGGGCAAGGCGCGUGCGUCCGAGUGCCUCGUCGAGGCGGUGCGCAUGGCGUCGACGUAUCUCCACCACCACAUCCUUGUCCACCACGCGACGCCGCUCCUCCUCGCCCUCACCGCCUCGUCCCACUCGCCGCCUGUCGCGCUCGACCUGUUCGAGACGCUGUCGACGCCCACCGAGCCCGGCUCGACCGCGCCGCCCUUCACCUGGUCGGCCACCCUCCUCCCGGCUUUCACGGCCCUCUUCCUCUCGGCGACGGCGUCGACGUCGCCGUCCUCGGGCCGCGACUCGGCCCUCCCGCUGCGCCUGUACCUGUCGUGGACGUCGUCGGGCCUGUCGUUCCCGAUCGGCCUGUGGCCCGCCCUGUGGCGCUCCGUCGGCCGGCGCGGCUCGCUCGCCGAGCUGCGCCGCCUCGUCAACGACUGGGAGGACACGGGGCGCGGCGCCGUCAGCGCGCGCAUCAUGUGCUUCGUCCUCGAGGGCGCGAGCGAGCGGCGCGUCGUGGCACCGCUGCGCAUGCUCGCCUGGUUCCGCUCGCGGUACGUCGCGCGCCCGGGCGCGUCGCCGUCGCCGCUCCUCGUCGAGGCGCAGCCGUACCUCGUCGUGCCCCUCGAGGGCGGCUACGAGUCGGUCCUCGAGGCCCUCGCGGCGUCGCACACGGACCGCCGCCGCGCCAUGAGCGCCGUGUGGCGCUGGAUGCGCCUCGACGGCCACGCGCACCCGUCGACCCGCGCGUGGAACGCCCUCAUCCGCGCCCACAUCUUGCGCCCGGCGAGCCAGUUCUCGAUCGCCGACCUCGACAAGGCCGGCGUCGCGUACAACGCCCUCGUCGCCGGCGCGAGGCGAGCCGCUCCCUCGUCGUCGUCGUCGGCCUCGCGCUCGAAGGCGGCCGCCACCGCCGCCCGCCCCGACGGCGACACGUUCGCGCUCCUCGUGCGCGGCUUUGCGCGCGUCGCAGCCGGCGCAGCGGUCGACGCGCGGCGGAGCACGGUCAAGCGGCGCAUCGCGCUCGAGGCGGGCCGGCGCACGCUCGACGCGGCCGUCGAGCGCGGCCUGCACGUGUCGGGCGUCGAGACGGCGCUCCUUGUGCGGCUGCUCGCGCGCGCGCGCAGGUUCGAGGAGGCCAAGACGGCGCAGGAGCGGUGGUGGAGCUCGGUCGUCGCGCUCGAGAACCAGAGGGGGACCAAGGAGGUGUGGGCGGACAAGGGCAUCGCGAGGGGCAUGAGGGAGAUGAGGUGGGCGAGGACCGAGUCCGAGCUCCUCGAGGCUCGAUGGGGCGCACGGCAGGCGGCGCAAGGCCGGCGGAAGGAGGGGCAGCCUCGGGAGGAGGUGGAGGAGGACGAGUCGGCGGAGCCAGUGCCCGAUGCGGAGCUCGAGCCGGUCCUGCGCCCUUCUGAUCCUCGCACGUAGACCUUUGUAUCUAUUACGCACGCCUUGAGCAACCG